CCGCCAAGAGAGAGAGGCCAUUGGUCUUCGCUCUGAGCAGGGGCGGGGCACAGCCUUCGGAACUAGCACCCGGACGAGGGUCUCCGAGACAGCCGAGCGGCGCCGCAAAGAGCCGAAUAGAGCCAAGGAGACCCGAGUACGACCCGAGCAGCGCAGGCUGGCCGGAAGCGGAGCCGAGCGCAGCCGGAAGGAGCCGAGCGCGCCCGAAGGGUCUGUGCGCGGCGCGGCGUUGGCCGGGCCAAGCCCGAGCCAUGGCGGCUGAGGGGACAGAUGUGGCCAGAGGCGGGGCUGUUGGAGGCCGCCUGGCCAAGGACAGCUUGCGGCAGGCUAUGUGCCCCGACGCGGCCCCGAACCGGAGGCGCGGCUCGGCGCGGUCGCGAGACGCCGAGCGCCGAGCCUACCAGUGGUGCCGGGAGUACUUGGGCGGGGCCUGGCGCCGAGUACGGCCGGAGGAGCUGAGGGUUGACCCCGUGAGCGGAGGCCUCAGUAACCUGCUCUUCCGCUGCUCGCUGCCUGACCACCUGCCCCGCGUUGGCGAGGAGCCCCGGGAGGUGCUGCUGCGGCUGUACGGGGCCAUCCUGCAGGGAGUGGACUCCUUGGUCCUUGAAAGUGUUAUGUUCGCCAUCCUUGCAGAGCGGUCACUGGGGCCCCAGCUCUAUGGAGUCUUUCCAGAGGGCCGGCUGGAACAGUACAUCCCAAGCCGGCCACUGAAGACGCAUGAGCUUCGAGAGCCCGUGUUGUCCGCAGCCAUCGCCACGAAGAUGGCCCAGUUCCAUGGCAUGGAAAUGCCUUUCACUAAGGAGCCCCACUGGCUAUUUGGGACCAUGGAGCGGUAUUUAAAGCAGAUCCAGGACCUACCCCCCACUGGCCUCCCCCAGAUGAACCUGCUGGAGAUGUACAGCUUGCAGGACGAGAUGGGCAGCCUCAGGAAGUUGCUAGACUCUACCCCAUCACCAGUGGUCUUUUGCCACAAUGACAUCCAGGAAGGGAACAUCUUACUGCUCUCAGAGCCAGAAAACGCUGACGGCCUCAUGCUGGUCGACUUCGAGUACAGCAGUUAUAACUACAGGGGCUUUGACAUUGGGAACCAUUUUUGUGAGUGGGUUUACGAUUACACUCAUGAGGAGUGGCCUUUCUACAAAGCGCAGCCUGCAAACUACCCCACCCGGGGACAGCAGCUCCAUUUUAUUCGCCACUACCUGGCGGAGGUAAAGAAAGGUGAGACCAUCUCCCAAGAGGAGCAGAGGAAACUGGAAGCAGAUUUGCUGGCAGAGGCUAAUAGGUAUGCUCUGGCAUCUCAUUUCUUCUGGGGUCUCUGGUCCAUCCUCCAGGCAUCCAUGUCCACUAUAGAAUUUGGUUACUUGGAGUACGCCCAGUCUCGGUUCCAGUUCUACUUCCAGCAGAAGGGAGAGCUGACCAGCUUCCACCCCUCAUCCUGACUCUCCACCUCCCAACUCCUUGGAUUUCUCCUGGAGCCUCCAGGGCAGGACCUUGGAGGGAGGGACAAAGGGGAGGCCCUGGCGACUGGGCUGAGCCCGAGUGAGACUGGGGUUAAGGAGGCUGAUCUUCCGCCCCGCCCCCCCCGAGUUUGAGCAGGUCCCCACUGCAGGCAAGUGGGCAGAAGCCCUGGCAUGUGCACCUUAAGACAAUAAACUAGCUUCUUCCUUCACACC